UCUCUCUAUUCUGUGACAUGGCUGACAGUUCAAAGGGCGACUUGUGACUUGUGAGCAACGAUGGGGGAGGAAAUAGAUGGUGGCAACGUUCUUAUUCGGUCUCUGAAAGAUCAUGGCAUCGAAUACAUGUUCGGUGUUGUUGGUAUCCCAGUUGUUGAGCUUGCUUAUGCUGCCCAGGCUGCAGGCAUCAAAUAUGUUGGUAUGCGCAACGAACAAGCAGCAAGUUAUGCUGCAUCGACAGUUGGGUAUUUGACCGAUGCUCCUGGAGUGUGUCUUGUCGUUUCAGGACCAGGGCUUGUGCAUGCUUUAGCUGGCAUGUCGAAUGCACAACAGAACUGUUGGCCAUUAAUUGUGAUUGGAGGUGCCUCAGAUACAAACCAGGAGAGUAUGGGUGCUUUCCAAGAAUGUCCCCAAGUUGAAUAUGCACGUCCUUAUUGCAAGUUUAGUGCUCGUCCAAGCAGUAUAGAGCAAAUACCAUUGUUUGUUGAGAAGGCAGUGAGAUAUGCAAUGAGUGGUAGACCAGGUGUUAGUUUUCUUGAUCUCCCAGGGGAUAUGCUGCGGGAGCCAGUCAGUGAAAUAAGCGUCCGAUGGAUGGCCAAAUUUAAAGCCCAUUCCAAACCAUUUGCAAAUCCAAAUGCUGUCAAGUCAGCAAUAGAAGUUUUGCAGCAAGCUGAAAGGCCACUUGUUAUUGUUGGCAAGGGAGCUGCUUAUGCAAGAGCAGAGAAAGACAUAGGACAUUUUCUUGAAAAAACUGGGCUCCCCUUUCUUCCAACUCCAAUGGGGAAGGGGGUUGUUCCAGAUAGCCACCCUCAAAAUGUUAUUUCUUCAAGGUCCAAGGCAUUAUCAAGAGCAGAUGUCAUUUUGUUAUUAGGUGCAAGGCUAAACUGGAUUCUUCAUUUUGGACUUAGUCCACGAUUUGCGAAGGGUGUAAAGAUUAUCCAAGCUGACAUUUCAGCUGAGGAAAUUGGGAAUAAUGUCCCUGCUGAUGUAGCAUUAAUUGGAGAUUUAAAAAUGAUUGCUUUUCAACUCUCAAGCCAAAUUGACACUCAGAAGAGCUCAGUUGUUUGCAAAGACCAAUGGUGGGGUGAACUAAAAGAAAAGAUGAAGAAAAACAAAGAAGCAACAACUUUGCUUUGUAAAGACAACAUAUUACCAAUGAAUUAUUACAGAAUGUACGAUGAACUUUGCAGGUAUAUCCCAAAGGAUAGCAUUAUUGUUAAUGAAGGGGCAAAUACAAUGGAUAUAGGACGCAUUAUGAUAGACAAUGAUUUGCCCAGACACAGACUCGAUGCUGGUACUUUUGGAACAAUGGGUGUUGGGUCUGGAUUUGCCAUUGCUGCAGCCCUUGUUGCUAGGGAUAAUUACCCAGAAAAGAAAGUAAUCUGUAUCCAAGGGGACAGUGCAUUUGGUUUUAGUGGAAUGGAGAUUGAAACAGGUGCUAGAUACAACUUGCCAAUUGUUUUUGUGAUUGUCAACAAUAACGGCAUUUACAAUGGAAUCAACAAAGAAGAUUGGACAGACAUGGUUGCAUCUGGUGAUGACCUGACAUUGACAUUACCACCAACACUUUUGCUUCCAAGUGCAAGGUAUGAGAAAAUGAUUGAGGCCUUUGGUUGUCAGGGUUACUAUGUAUGUCGUCCUGAGCAAAUAGGGGAAGCAAUGAGCAAGGCGCUUGCAGAAACAAAGAGGCCAUCAAUAAUUCACAUUGCAGUUGAUCCAUUUUCAACACGCAAAGCACAAGAAUUUACUUGGUUGACAAAAUCAAACAUGUAAAAUGUCAAUCUGUCUGUCUGUCUUAAAUGUCAAUAAUUGCAAAUGAAUGUCAUUUUGAAAGUUUCAAAGAUAUAUAAUCAGGUUUGGCUCAUAAUUUGCCACAUGUGAUUUAGAAUCUCAUUAUAGUUGAGUUACAAGCGCUUAAAAGUAGGAAAUUUUACAGCAAUGUAUGUAUUAUGUACAUUAUCAUACAAUCUGAGAAUGA